GCCAUCGCCUCUCUCUCUCUGUCUGUCUCCCGGCAUCGCCACUCUCUCUCUCUCUCUCUCUCUCUCUCUCUCUCUCUCUCUCUCUCUCUCUCUCUCUCUCUCUCUCUCUCUCUGGCGCGUGCGCGCGCGCGCACGUGCGUGGCCGCCGUCGUUGUCCCAUCGACAGUACACGAGGAAGGCCGGCGCACUUGGUGAUUGCGAGACCCUGACAUUGACAAUGUCACCGACAAGCAGAGACGCAGUCCCCGCUCGAUCAUCGCCCAUUGCGGGAUCUCCGCAGGGGACGCCCGAUCCUCGCCAAAGCGUGGAUCGAUCUCCAUGUGCAGCGCGGGGGUUGUUGGGCGUUUCACCGCACAUCGGUGGUCUGGAGGUCCGGUUGGGGAAAAGGCGCCUCGGUACCGUUUCGCAUGCGACUGACAGCGUCAUUGCCCUGGGCGUGACACCCAUUUCGCCUUUCGAUGGUGUGUUGGGGGCUUCUCCGCCGGGUGUGGCCGGGGUUCGAGACGCGGCCGCGUAUGGAGGUGUGUAUGGUGGUCCGUUGCUGACAUCCCCACUGCUGCCCAGACGGCUGGACUAUGCGGCCACGAUUCCUUUAGCACCUGUAUGGUCACAUGCGGUGGCCCCGCCGUGUCCCGCUGGAGGCGGUUCUCUUUCAGGAGAUCGCAGCGACGCAUGGCGUUAUCCAACCGUUUCACGUCCACGUAUCGUCGGCGCGGCGACGGGUUCGCUUGCGGUGCCGCCUCAGGCUCCCUUUGUCGCUCCAGAUUCCACACCUCCGUUUGACGAUGUGGAUAGUUGUGCGGCAGUCGGCAGCACGCCGUGUUCGGGCGGCAACAGCAUCGUGCGAGUGUGUGUGUGGGAAGCAUGUCGGAGACGAUUGUACGCUCUCCGCGAUGCUAUGGCCAAUGUGGGUGACCAACGCGGACCAGUCAGCGACGUUAUUGAUCGGCUGCUCCACUGGUCCUUGCAAGCCAUCCGUGCGGAGUUUGGUGACGAGGUAGCAGAUGUGAUUUCUUCUUCGUUGCCAUCUCGGGUGUGCGGUCGAGAUUUCACGUUGCGGAUGUGCUCGGUGCACAAACCCACAUUCUACAAGUUUAUGCGCACAGAACCGAGGGGGGCGGAGGGGUGGAAUGCGAAGGUCGUACGGCAGGGCAUAAAAUAUUGCAAGCUUGCCAUUGACACUGUGAUGCGCCGUGGUGAGCCAGUGACAUUGAUGGUUGAUGGUCGAUAUGACUCUGCCAGAGACGCGCAGCAUUGCAUUGUCACCACGAUGAAGUACGAGACUCGGCUUGUUGUGGGUGUUCACACUCUCCGUCCGAAGAUUGAAUGCAAGGCAUCGAAUACGCUUGAGGUGCCAGCCGUCGUGCAACUUUUGCGAUGGCUGAUGGACAAGGCGUUGAAGAUCCGGUGCGUUAUCUCGGAUGAUUGUGCCACGCUGGGACCAAAGUUACGAGCUAUGAACAUCGAGUGGCAGAAAGAUUGCCACCACAAAAUAAAAAACAUUCGCAAGCACUUCCACAGUAUGCUGCAACUGAAGGAAGCGAAGAAAGUGAGCAGCCCGCACGACUGUGUGUCAGAGGCGCAGUUUAUGCAGUUCACGAAGAAGCGGCUAAAGGAGGCAUUGGAGCAGCGUUUCGGACUUGACGGCCUCACACUUGUUGAGGAACGGAUGAAGAAAUCGGAUUUCGUCGCUGUCGUCAUGCGAAAGAUAUACCCCUACGGAUCGAGGUUGAAUGCUCGAGCGUUGGCGACUGAUCCAAACGGCUUGACAGAGUAUCAUGCGCAUGAGGUUGGGAUGUGGUUCCUCUGCGCUUGCCAGCUGUGCAGGGAGGAGGUCGAAGACGCCGACAGUCUACACCGCGACAUCAUGUUGGUCGCCGAUCAUUAGGCUGGUGAUCAUUCGGGACGUGUCAACGGUAGGGAGGUUUUGUGCAAGAAGGUCAGUGGGCGUGCACGAUUGCCUUUGUAUAGCCGCACGGACACGGUCUACGAGCUCGUUCUGCGUGUUCUCGAUAAACAAUGCAACACUAA